AUGGAUUCGGAUGCAGUGGAAGUGGUGGACAUUGAGGAAGAUGCAUACAUGGCCAAGCCAGUCGCGGUGGACAGGCACUGGAGAGUCGAGAAGAAGAAGAAGAAGCCAUUUAGGCCAAUCCGGAGCACGAUAAGUGCUCUCUUACGGCUCUUCGUCUGGUACUCGAUCUUCACAGCGCUGUUUCGAUGUCCGUCGUCUGUUUUCGAGCUUGACGACCAGUCUCCUCGAGUCUGCAAACCGUACCUUGUCGCAAGGACGCACCUGGAGCCUCACAUAGCCCCAUAUUACCACAAGUACGGCGAACACCACGUCGAGAAGCUCCAGCCUUACGCGCAGUCUUUCUAUGACAAGGCUGAGAAGAUAUAUAAUCCCACCGCGCGAUUUUUACAUGGUGUUUACCAGGGCUAUGUUUCUGUGUACGUGGAGCAGGCUACAGAGCUAGCAAAGUCACAGUGGAACCAGCGAGUAUCGCCACACAUCGAUCCUCUACAGAAGCAGGCCACCGACUACUACGUCUCGUCUGUUGAUCCGCACGUCAGGACGGCGCAAUCGAUCGCAGUCCCUUACAUCCGGGUAGCUGCCGCACAGAGCAUUCGCAUCAAGGACAACUACCUCAUCCCAUCUUAUAUCAGCUCUCCGCCGUACACGCGGAAAGCAUGGUCUGCCGUCUUUGUAUUUCUCAACGGCACCGUCCGCACACAAAUCACACACCUCUAUUCGGAAAAUGUGGAGCCACAGCUUGUUAAAAUCGGGGAGAAGCUGGCCAGCUACCGCGAAGGACGGACAAUUCAGCACGUUAAUCUAGAAACUGCUAGUCCUAUAGUCCAGGUGCCCACCUCGGCAGAUAAGCCAUCCACGAAGAGCACUACGGAGUCAAAGGCUACACAAGUUUCGUCUGUGGAACCUCCGGCUUCUACAAAGCUGACCCCCGCUCAACAGUCAGAGCUAGCGCGCGAAAAGAUUUCGACAGAUCUCAAGGCCUGGAAGGAGAGGACUGAAGCCUUGGCCAAAAAGGGACGCGAGCACGUCCAAGAACAGGUCCGUCAGGAAGUUGAGAACAUUUCGAAUAAGCAACAGUCAUCGGGAAACACUAUCCUUGGCUCAUUGCAAGUUGUGGUUGAAAAUCAGCUAUUCUCACUAAAAUCGGAUUUGUACGCCAUCGUACAAGCGAUCCCUGAAGAAUAUACUGAAGAAGAUGAACAAGAGGCGCAUGACGAAUUCCUACAGAGUCUAAAGGAGUCCAGUCUCAUCAUCCGGGAAAACGCACAUCAGCUUCGCCUCUGGUUCCAUGAGUACCAAGAUACGCUCACCAAAGCCGUCACCAAGACUGUAAAUACUACGCUUGACGUUCUUGAAAACACCCGUGAGCUUGGUCUGCAGGAAAUCGGUAUGCGCUGGACAUCCAUUGACGGUGUUACAUACAAGGACUGGGCAAACUUUUACGAUCUGAAAACCAAACUUGGGGAAUGGAAAGAUGAUAUUCGACAAGCUGGCUUGCAGCAUGAUAGCUUCCUUGCUGCCAAGAGCGCCGGUGAUACUAUCGUUGCACGCGGGAUGGACAUUGCACAAGACGCCGCACAGCAGCUGUCUGAACUGAGGUCUAUUGGCAGGCUGAAGAUUGAGGCCAGAGAAACCAGCAAGAGCCUCGAUGUGGAGCAUAUCGACGAAGAGAUGUUACGGGAAAGGAGGAAGUAUAUGAUUACAAGUGUAACAUUCUCUCCUGCCGCCACUCCAUCUCCAUCCGAGACUAGUGCUACAAGCUCUGUUGUUGAGAGUCUUGAGGCUGAGGUUGAGACUCCUCAAGGUGAUAAUGAUGGCCAGCAACCCAAAGCUGCCGUCUUCGAUGAACAGUCUACUUUGUCAGACGAGUCUCUAGAAACUGAACCGAGCCCCGAAGCCCCCUUUAUCAUAGAGGAGACUUCAACCGAAGAGACGCCAGUUGAAUCCCCAGCCAACCUGCCACUUACAGAGGAGGAGCCUAUCUCUUUGGACGUGCCUGGUGCGGCAGAAUCAUAUCUAGAUGAAGUGAUAGAUUCCAUUGAUAAGGAGCAAGAGCGGUUGGAUGUUGUCCACGAGCAAGACACCACUGAAGCAAGCCAAACAUCUUCCUCAACUGCCAGCUCAAUCUCAUCUCCCGCUCCCGUCUUCGUGACGCAGAAAUUCGACGAUGCAAUGCUAGAAGACGAUGAUAUCUCCAGCGAGGCUUCAUCCGCACCUGAAAGCCAAGAUGUCCAUGAGAUCAUCGGCUCAGCAACAGACGAGAUCGUCUCGCUCGUUGGCUCUGCAAGGACGGAGCUAGCGGAAACCCCUGUUCCAGAAGUCGAAGCGAAUGCUCUCCUCGAAGAUACCAGCACACAGCUCGACGGAGUGAUAUCAUCAGUUCAAUCAUCCAUCAGCUCGCUUCAAAACCUGCCACCGUCUUCAUCUGCCACUCCUGAAGAGCGCCGUGAAUACUUCGAUGGCGAAAUCGCCAGACUCACGGCCGCUCUGGAGGCUGCGCAAGCCGCUUUGCUGGAACUGAAUAAACCAGACAGCCCAGACGACCCAGGGCAGACACAGGAGUCUGCAGCCCCCAAAGCCCCCGACGAAACUACCAACGAGUAG